AUGGCGUCUAGCAGAAAGGAGUACGCUGUUUACAACCCUCAGCUUCGGCUACACAGAGCAGAUGUUGAGGAGCUGUCGGUGGUUAAAGGAGAGGUUCCCCCGGAGCAGCAGGAGUGUAGCUCCAGUGUGGACCAGCAGGAGCCAGAGCCCCCCCCACACAUUAAAGAGGAACAGGAGGAACUGUGGAGCAGUCAGGAGGGAGAGCAGCUUCAAGGGCUGGAGGAGGCUGAUAUCACCAAGUUCCCAUUCACUCCUGUCCCUGUGAAGAGUGAUGAUGAUGAAGAGGAAGCUCAGUCCUCACAGCUUCAUCAGAGACAAACUCAACACAUGGAAACAGAAGCUGAUGGAGAGGACUGUGGAGGACCAGAACCAACAAGGAACUCACAUCCACUUUUACAACCAGAGACUGAAGACCAGACUGGAGACUCUUCUGAACCUGAGACUGAUGACCAUGCUUAUUGGAAGGAGACCAGAGAACCUCAGUCAGCUUUAAACUCUCUGAAACAUGAUUCAAGACGUAAGAAACCAUUCAGCUGCUCUGAGUGUGGGAAAAGAUUUGCCCGCAAGCAGCAUCUGCAGACACACAUGAGAACUCAUACAGGAGAGAAACCUUUCAGCUGCUCGGUCUGUAAGAAAUCUUUUAAAGAGAGAGGAAGUGUAAAGACACACAUGAGAAUCCACACAGGAGAAAAACCUUUCAGCUGCUCGGUCUGUAAGAAAUCUUUUACAGAGAGAGGAAGUGUAAAGGCACACAUGAGAAUCCACACAGGAGAGACGCCAUUUAGCUGCUCUGAGUGUGGAAAAAGAUUUAACCACAACUCAAGUCUGAAGACACAUUUGAGAACUCAUACAGGAGAAAAACCUUUCAGCUGCUCAGUUUGUGAUCAAAGGUAUGGCUGCAAGACACACCUGAAGAGACACAUGAGAACUCACACAGGAGAGAAACCUUUCAGCUGCUCUGAGUGUGGGAGAAGAUUUAUGACCAGAGAACAUCUGAAGGUACACAUGAGAACUCAUACAGGGGAAAGGCCAUUCAGCUGCUCAGUGUGUAAGAAAUCUUUUACACAGAGUGGAGAUAUAAGGAUACACAUGAGAACUCAUACAGGAGAAAAACCUUUCAGCUGCUCAGUCUGUAAGAAAUCUUUUAGAUGUGGUAGCCAUUUAAAAUAUCACAUGAAACAACACACAGGAGAGGAACCGUCUACUUCCUGUGUUAGUGACAUCAGAGAGCAGCAGAAGUGGAGCUCCAGUGUGGACCAGGAGCAGCCAGAGAAUCUCAGCCAGCAGGAGUGUAGCUCCAGUGUGGACCAG